CUAUAUUCUACUAUGAUUUGAUCAAAACAAGUUUAAUAACAGCCGCUCACUUGCAUUUCUGUGAAUAUAAGACCCAACCCAGUUUCAGUCCACUCCUUUCUUGCUCUCAAAUUUUCCCCCUUUUCUUGAGAGUCUUUUUUGAGGGAGAAGAGUUUCAGCGCAGUAGUGUUGAGUACAGAAGUAUAUAUGGACAUGGCAAUUUGCUCCAACACUUCUAUUAUUCCUCCAACCAAUUUCUCUGUAUCGACAAAACCCAGUUUCGAGAAUGCCAAGAAAAGCUUCAGUUUUGCUUCUUCUUCUUCUUCUGUGUUCAAGAAACCAUUUUUGGGUGCCACCCAAUCCUUAUCUUUUACGAACAGAGCAUCGUUCAAUCUUCAUGGUUGGAGAACCCCUCUUCAGAAAUCUAUAAACUGCUCUGUUUCUCAAGCCACUGAGACCGCUUCUGAGAAAAAGGGCCAGUUAACCAGAAGAAGUGACAUCAGGAAUAUAGCUAUUGUUGCUCAUGUCGAUCAUGGGAAGACCACGCUAGUGGAUGCAAUGCUGAGGCAAGCAAAGGUCUUUCGGGAUAACCAGUUUGUUCAAGAAAGGAUAAUGGACUCAAAUGAUCUAGAGCGUGAAAGGGGCAUUACCAUACUUAGCAAAAACACCUCAAUCACAUAUAAUGAUACAAAAAUAAAUAUAAUUGAUACUCCUGGACAUUCUGACUUUGGAGGUGAAGUCGAACGAAUACUCAACAUGGUGGAGGGGGUGCUACUAGUGGUAGACUCUGUUGAGGGUCCAAUGCCACAGACAAGAUUUGUUCUGAAGAAGGCUCUUGAAUUUGGCCAUGCUGUAGUUGUAGUUGUUAACAAAAUUGAUAGGCCAUCUGCACGCCCAGAUUAUGUUGUCAACUCUACAUUUGAGUUGUUCAUAGAACUAAAUGCGACUGAUGAGCAGUGUGAUUUUCAAGUCAUUUAUGCAAGUGGAAUUAAAGGAAAGGCUGGAUUAUCACCGGAAAAUUUGGCUGAUGAUCUUGGACCCCUUUUUGAGUCCAUUGUCAGAUGCAUACCUGGACCACGAAUUAACAAAGAUGGUGCACUUCAAAUGCUUGCUACAAAUAUUGAGUAUGAGGAGCACAAAGGACGGAUAGCUAUUGGGCGUCUGCAUGCUGGAACUUUGCAGAAAGGAAUGGAUGUACGGAUAUGCACUUCUGAAGAUGCAUGCAGAUUUGGAAGAGUGGGUGAACUUUUCGUGUAUGAGAAAUUUAGUAGAGUACCAGUAGAAACUGUGGAAGCUGGUGAUAUAUGUGCUGUCUGUGGCAUUGAUGAUAUCCAGAUUGGAGAGACAAUAGCAGACAAAACUUCUGGGAAGCCGUUGCCUUCUAUUAGCGUGGAAGAACCUACAGUCAAAAUGGCUUUCUCAAUCAACACUUCCCCAUUUGUUGGCCGUGCGGGAAAAUUUGUAACUAGUAGAAAUCUAAGGGAUCGGCUCUACCGUGAACUUGAGCGCAAUUUGGCUAUGAGGGUCGAAGAUGGUGAAACUGCAGAUACAUUCAUUGUCAGUGGACGGGGAACUUUGCAUAUUACAAUAUUGAUAGAGAACAUGCGAAGGGAAGGAUAUGAAUUCAUGGUGGGACCUCCUAAAGUUAUCAACAAAAGGGUACAUGACAAGCUACUAGAGCCUUAUGAGAUUGCUACUGUGGAAGUGCGAGAAGAAUUCAUGGGCUCUGUGGUUGAAUUGCUUGGUAAAAGGCGCGGACAGAUGUUUGACAUGCAAGGAGUUGGGUCGGAAGGUACAGUUCUGCUCAAGUAUAAGAUACCAACUCGUGGUCUUCUUGGAUUGCGAAAUUCGAUUUUGACAGCCUCUCGUGGUACUGCUAUACUUAACACAAUCUUUGAUAGUUAUGGACCUUGGGCUGGUGAUAUAUCUACUCGUGAUCAGGGAUCUUUGGUUGCAUUUGAGGAUGGAACAAGUACAUCUUAUGCACUUGCAAGUUCCCAAGAGAGAGGACAGAUGUUUAUUGGUCCUGGUGUUGAUGUUUAUAAAGGUCAAAUAGUUGGGAUUCAUCAGCGGCCUGGAGACUUGGCGUUGAACGUUUGCAAGAAAAAAGCUGCUACGAAUGUUCGUUCCAACAAGGAAGUAUCAGUGGUUCUUGAUACCCCAUUGGAUUAUAGCUUGGAUGACUGCAUCGAAUAUAUUCAAGAGGAUGAGCUGGUUGAAGUUACUCCAGCAAGCAUUAGAAUGUGCAAAAACCCCAAAUUUGCCAAAAAGGGUGGGGGCAGGAAUUGAGAUCUAACCGCAAGGGGGCGAUAAUAAACUUUCAGGAUUGGUAUAACCUUAUCAUUCAUCUACUCAAUCAGUUAUAUCCUAGGAUUUACAGAAAUCACAUACCGAACUUUUUCUGAAUCAUCUCAUGUUAAGUGUUCCAAGCCUCUGAUUCAUAGUACAUAGGCCAGUAUUAUGUUUCACAGUUUCGCAUGUAGUCGUAGAGUAUAGAUCCAGAAAGGCAUACAAGCUAGUGAAUCCAGAAGUUUCAGGCAGCAAAUUGGGAUGUGUAUAAUAGUAGCUAGAAAACUACGCUGCGUGGCCGGAGACUAAGGUCAGGUGGACAUGGUAUAUAUUCUGGUAUACCUGAAGUUUAGGUUUUCUACAUUAAAUCAUUUCUUGAUGAAUAGCGAAGAUCCAUUCUUGUUCUAGUCGUUGACCGACAGGAAUCAUUUCUCUGCAUCUCCCAGACUAUUACAUACCAUGUAAAAAUCUUUCAGGUUAUUUACGAAGACAUAAGCUCUUUAUGGAUCGUGAUCUUAUUUUAUUCUCGCUCACGAUAGUAGCCACUAUGGUUAACAAUUCUAUGGUUCAGUCGUCGUUUUUUUUAUUGAACCAUCCAGUUUAAGUAUAACCAAUUAAAAUGUAGUUUGUAUAAAAUAUUAAAACGUAGUUUGUAUAAAAUAAUUAUGAGGUGAUAUGUAUUUUAGCAAAUUCUGCACUUACUAAUCAAGGGAAUUUUUUCCCCACUCACCAAAGGCAAAAAAAAAAUUAAUAGAUCGC